AUGAAGAUCCAACAAGUCUUUGCCGCCGCACUUUUCGUCCUCGCUUUCGCUGAUGCACGUCGCUCAGCCCCUGCCGACGUCCCCAAGAAGGCAUUUGGCGCCCCACACACAAAUCCCUAUGCCUUUGGACUUGGCAAACCCGCCCCAGCAGAUGAAAAGGCUGUGAAGGAGGUCAAAGCGGUGAAAAAGCCAGAAAAGCCUGCAUUUGUCACUCGACGACACCAGAUCAUGCAGGACGUUGAGGCUGCCAUGGCUGGAUUGGAGUAG